UAUGUUGAGAAGUCAGACCUUCCCAAUUUUCGCCUCGGUUGCAAGCAUGUCAGCGACUAUGCGACCCAUGAAUUCGCCGAACACUACUUCACGGAGCUUGGCUUCCUUUACACUGAAUACAGUCUGAGGAUUAUGGACGAAAUCUGCUGCUCCAGAUUCGCCAGAUAAGGGGCAUGUGCUCAAGAUGUCUUCCAUGGUCAUUACCGCAGGGCCCGCCAGCAACUCCGUUGCUUUCAGCUGAAGAUACAACACACCACUCUUACUUUGACGGCCAACUCUGCUUGGAGUCCGGAACUUCACAGGAUUGUGCCGAUCGUCACAAUACCCAGAUCGUAUUGAGAAAUUUCAACAUCGCUGAGCAACAUCUCGAUGCUGCCAUGCAAAGUCUCAGUGCUUCUCUCAAAUUACUUCCCCGUUCACUUGGUCUGGCCGUGUCUCCCGACGAGACUGAUUUCCUCGGCACGGCAAGAACAUUCAGCUGUCAUGACUACGACGAUGUAACCCAAAGCAAUAUUUGGAUGAACAACAUCUGCAACUCUUGCUCAGCGCAACGGAGAGAACACACCCUGAAUUUCAAGAGUUGCAUCUUGACACAUGGUGCCGCAACGGGGACCCGUUUGGCUUCUUCACGGUUCCCCCUGUGGGCAGGCUCAGGAGCAUCACAAUCGGUGCUACGAUUGUAGGGGGUCUUGAUGAAACUGGUCUUACCUUACCUCUGGAAGGUUUUCUCAUGCGGGCGAGGCUUCUGGAGACUAUCAAAUUCACUGGCAACAUCUU